CGUCAUAUCCUCAAUCCUCGCCCUUGCUGCCACCACUCCCUCACCACCCCAAUCACCGUGCUCGCCAUCUUCGCUGCGCGCAUCUCGCCAUUCCGAGUCGCGUCGCUGUUUCACUCCCGUCGCUUUUCUUUGCCAUCGCCGCUGCCCGGCUGCGCGCGCGCCGACCGAAAGGCCAAUCGUUCGACACGCGCUUUCUCGCCAGACGCAACUGCAUUUCAUCCAACCGACUCGACUUUCCAUCGCGAAUACCGUCUACCCUGGAGUUCCCCGGCCAACCUCCUUGUCGACAGCGCCCUGAACGCGGCAGCCGCUGAUUCGAUUCCGAUUCUUACACAAUUUCCCUUAGCCAUUGCUAUCAACAACCGCCACCAUGAACAUUCACUCUUUCCCUUAUUCCAGCGCUCCGCUGAAGACCAUUCAGGAGAUUCAGUUUGGUCUCUUUUCACCUGAAGAGAUCAAGAAUAUGAGCGUGUGUCACAUCGAGUACCCCGAGACCAUGGACGAGCAACGGAUGCGUCCGCGAGAAAAGGGCUUGAAUGACCCAAAGCUGGGCUCCAUCGAUCGUUCGGUUGCUUGCGGUACCUGCGGUGAAGAUAUGCUGGAAUGUCCUGGUCACUUUGGCCACAUUGAGCUUGCUGUGCCCGUCUUCCACGUCGGUUUCGUGACCAAGAUCAAGAAGAUCCUCGAAUCUGUCUGCCACAACUGUGGCAAGGUCUUGCUUGACGAAAGCAUACCCGCCUUUGCCCAAGCCGUCCGCAUCAGAGAUCCCAAGCGUCGUUUCGACGCUGUCCACAGAUUGUGCAAAGCCAAGACGACUUGCGACCCCGAUGAGGCUGGAGAUGAUGGUCAAGACCCUAAGGACGCUUUGAAGAAGGGCAAGCGAUCACACGGUGGCUGCGGUAACCUUCAACCCACUAUCCGCAAGGAUGGGCUCAAGCUCACAGGUACCUGGACUUACCCCAAGGACGCCGAUUCCGAUUCGAAGACGGACAAGAAGUCCAUCACUCCUCAAAUGGCUCUCAAUGUUUUCCGCAACAUCUCGACAUACGACCUGGCUAGAAUGGGUCUCAACGCAGACUACGCUCGUCCUGAAUGGAUGAUUCUGACUGUUCUCCCCGUCCCACCGCCCGCCGUUCGACCUAGUGUUUCGGUCGACGGAACCAACCAGGGCAUGCGCUCCGAGGAUGAUUUGACCUUCAAGCUCAGCGAUAUCAUUCGCGCCAACGCAAACGUUCGCAAGUGUGAGCUCGAAGGCUCGCCACACCACGUUAUCGCAGAGUUCGAGGCAUUGCUGCAAUUCCACGUCGCCACAUACAUGGACAAUGACAUUGCAGGACAACCCAAGGCCCUGCAAAAGUCUGGUAGACCAGUCAAGGCCAUCCGUGCGCGUCUGAAGUCCAAGGAGGGUCGUCUUCGCGGUAACCUCAUGGGCAAGCGUGUCGACUUCUCCGCUCGUACUGUCAUCACCGGUGACCCGAACUUGUCUCUGGACGAAGUGGGUGUUCCUAGGAGUACCGCCCGUAUUCUUACUUUCCCUGAAACUGUAAAUGCCUUCAACAUCGACAAGCUGCAACAACUCGUUCGCAACGGCCCUAACGAGCAUCCCGGUGCGAAAUAUGUCAUUCGAGACACUGGCGAGCGUAUUGACUUGCGUCAUCACAAGCGCGCUGGCGAGAUUCAACUGCAGUAUGGCUACAAAGUCGAGAGACACAUUGUGGAUGGUGACGUUAUUAUCUUCAACCGUCAACCUUCGCUGCACAAGGAGUCUAUGAUGGGUCACAGAGUCCGCGUCAUGCCCUACUCCACCUUCCGUAUGAACCUUUCUGUCACAUCGCCCUACAACGCCGAUUUCGAUGGUGAUGAGAUGAACUUGCACGUUCCUCAAAGUCAUGAGACUCGCUCGGAAGUUUUGAAUCUCUGCAUGGUUCCCCUCAACAUCGUCUCGCCACAGCGAAACGGUCCGUUGAUGGGUAUUGUGCAAGACACCCUUUGUGGUAUUUACAAGAUGUGCCGUCGUGACGUCUUUCUUGACAAGGAGAUGGUCAUGAACAUUCUUAUGUGGGUACCUGACUGGGACGGUGUUAUUCCCCCUCCUGCUAUUGUCAAGCCUCGCCCACGCUGGACUGGUAAGCAAAUCGUUAGUCUGAUCGUUCCUGCUGGUCUCAACCUUGUUCGUGGUGACGCCGAAGGCAUGCAUCCGCUCAACGAUAACGGACUCAUGGUCCACGGUGGUGAGCUGAUGUACGGUCUGUUCAGCAAGAAGUCGGUCGGUGCCAGUGGAGGUGGUAUUAUUCACAUCGUCUACAACGAGAAAGGCUGGGAGGCCGCUGUCAACUUCUUCAACGGAGCUCAACGUGUAGUCAACUACUGGCUCCUCCACAACGGUUUCAGCAUUGGUAUCGGUGACACGGUCCCCGACGAGGCAACGGCAGAAGCUAUCACAGACGCAGUCAACGAGCAAAAGGCAGAAGUCGCUGUCAUUACCGCAGCUGCUACCGCCAACGAGCUGGAAGCUCUACCUGGUAUGAACGUUCGUGAGACGUUCGAGAGUAGAGUCUCCAAGGCUUUGAACAGCGCUCGUGAUAAUGCUGGUGACCGUACUGAAAAGAGUCUGAAGGACUUGAACAAUGCCAUUCAGAUGGCUCGCUCGGGAUCCAAGGGUUCGGCUAUCAACAUUUCACAGAUGACUGCCGUGGUCGGUCAGCAGUCUGUUGAGGGAAAGCGUAUCCCAUUCGGCUUCAAGUACAGAUCGCUUCCUCAUUUCACUAAGGAUGAUUACUCCCCGGAGUCUCGAGGUUUCGUGGAGAACUCCUAUCUUCGUGGCUUGACGCCCUCAGAGUUCUUCUUCCACGCCAUGGCUGGUCGCGAGGGUCUUAUUGAUACCGCCGUCAAGACUGCCGAGACUGGUUACAUUCAGCGUCGUCUCGUCAAGGCUCUCGAAGAAGUUAUGGCCAAGUACGACGGCACUGUCCGUAACUCUCUGGGUGACGUUGUCCAAUUCGUCUAUGGUGAAGAUGGUUUGGACGCCGUUCACAUCGAAGGCCAGAAGCUGGACAUCAUCAACUGCUCCGACAGCCAGUUCGAGAAGAAGUUCCGUAUCGAUGUCAUGGAUCCCAAGAUGUCUCUGUCGCCAGACAUUCUCGAGCAGGCACAUGAGAUUGCUGGCGAUGUUGAAGUCCAGCGUCACCUCGACGCCGAGUACGAGGCAUUGCUAGCUGACAGAGUUCUUCUGAGAGAUGGCCGUACCGACGACGAGGAGACUCACCAACUUCCUCUCAACAUCACCCGUAUCGUUGAGAGUGCCAAAACCAGGUUCCGCAUCAAAGAUGGCGCCCGUAGUGAUCUUCAUCCAUCCGAAGUCAUUCCCAAGGUCCAGAACUUGCUCGAUCAAAUCGUCGUCGUCCGCGGCGAUGACCCUCUCUCUCAGGAAGCACAGUACAACGCUACUAUUCUUUUUAAGGCUUUGUUGAGAUCACGCCUUGCUUUCAAGCGACUGGUCAAGGAGUACUCCCUGAACAAGCUAGCUCUUGACAAUAUUCUCGGUGACAUCCUGAACAGAUUCUCAAGGUCACUUGUCAAUCCUGGUGAGAUGGUCGGUGUUUUGGCUGCCCAGUCUAUUGGUGAGCCUGCAACUCAGAUGACCUUGAAUACCUUCCAUUUUGCUGGUGUCUCGUCCAAGAACGUUACUCUUGGUGUCCCCCGUCUGAAGGAGAUUUUGAACGUUGCUACGAACAUCAAGACACCCUCCAUGACUGUCUACCAAUCCAAGGAGAACCGCCUUGAUCAGGAAGCUUGCAAGAGACUUCGCAGUCUCGUUGAAUACACCAGUCUUCGCUCGAUUACCGAGAAGACUGAAAUUUGGUUCGAUCCUGAUAUUCAAUCCACUGUCGUUGAACUCGACAGAGAUAUGGUGGAGUCUUACUUCAUCAUUCCUGAAGAGAACGCAGAGAGCCCCGAGACGUACUCCAAGUGGUUGUUGCGUAUCGUACUCGGUCGCAGACAACUUCUGGACAAGGGUCUCUCUGUAGCCGAUGUCGCUGCUGCCAUCAGAAAUGUUUAUCAGCACGAAAUGUCUAUCAUCUUCAGCGACGACAACGCGGACGAGCUCGUCAUUCGUAUCAGACCUUCAAACAUGAUCAUGGAAUCUAAGGAGGACGAUGAUACUGAUCUGGAGGCUGAUCUUGUCAUUCAAAGACUGGAGGCUCAUCUGCUGGAUGACACCAAGCUUCGUGGCGUGUUCGGCGUCGAGCGUGCUUUCGUCAACUUCAAGGAGCGUCUGCGCGUCAAGGAAGACGGCGGUCUCACCAUGUCGAAGAGUGACCCUCUCUGCAAGGAAUGGUUCUUGGACACCAGUGGAACCGCACUCAAGGAGGUGCUCACUGUCGAAGGUACCGACCCUACUCGUACUUACACCAACCAUUUCAUCGACAUCUUCAGUGUCUUCGGUAUCGAGGCUACUAGAUCUGCCUUAAUGAGAGAGCUGAAGCAAGUUCUUUCUUUCGACGGUUCUUACGUCAACCAUCGUCAUCUUGCUCUUUUGGUAGAUAUCAUGACUGCUCGCGGUAACCUCAUGGCUGUCACUCGUCACGGUAUCAACCGUGCCGACACUGGUGCACUGAUGCGUUGUUCGUUCGAGGAGACUGUCGAAAUUCUUUUCGAGGCUGCUUCUUCUGGUGAACUCGACGAUUGUCGUGGUGUUUCUGAGAACAUCAUCCUUGGUCAACUGGCCCCUUCGGGUACUGGUGAGUUUGACGUCCUUCUGGACCAACAGAUGCUCAGCACUGUUGUGUCCCGUCACCACGGUAUGGGUGCAGGUACUCAAGCUGGCGCUGCUCCUCUGGACGGUGCUAUGACUCCCUACGACAUGGGUUCACCUCUCGCCGAAGGCGACUACGGUACUGCAGACUAUGGUGCUUCGUUCUCACCCAUGGUUCAAGCAGGUGGCGACGAGAUGGGUGGUUUCUCUGCUUACCAAGGAGGAAGCUUCAGCCCUUACAGUGGCGGACAGAGCCCUGGCUACGCACCUACAAGUCCCUUCAGCAUGGGCACAAGCCCAUCUUCACCAGGAUAUGCCUCUCCUUCCUCUCCUGGCUACUCGCCCAGAUCACCUGGUGCAGCUUUGGGCAGUCCUGGCUAUGGUAUGGGGUCGCCCGCAAGCCCGGCAUACAACCCUACCUCGCCUACUUACUCGCCCACGUCUCCUGCAUAUGGCAAGGGAUCUCCCACAUCUCCCUCAUACUCGCCCACGUCCCCAAGCUAUUCGCCGACAUCGCCCAGCUACUCGCCUACGUCGCCGAGCUACUCUCCCACUUCGCCGUCGUACAGCCCCACUUCUCCUGCCCAUAGAUCUGGUCCUUCUCCAACAUCUCCACGUUACAGCCCUACCUCUCCGGCAUAUUCGCCGACUUCGCCCGCUUACAGCCCGACCAGUCCUUCGUACAAUCCUGCCGGAGCCUCGCACUCACCUACGUCGCCGAGUUACAGCCCGACGUCACCAGUGUACAGCCCUACAAGCCCAGCACAGCAAGGCUACUCGCCCACGUCGCCACAAUACACUCCCAACUCUCCUGGUCAAGCCUCGCCCAAGUAUUCGCCCACCAGCCCCAAGUACUCACCCAACUCGCCUGGCCAAUAAGCGAACGAGUCGAGCAGUUACCACGCUGAGACGUACCCUUCAUUGGGCACACGUUCUUCAAGGGGCUGUAGCUUAGAUCAAGGUUGUGAUCGACCUCGAUCAGAGCGUGGUCACGAUGCUGAAUCACGAAGGCAAUGCAUAAGCGGCAAGAGUACAGGCGAAUAAUCGAGGGAGUUUCUGGCAAGGCGUUUGUUUUCUUUACCACUUUAGUCUCCUUUCUCUACUUCUUUUCUUCUCGCGGGGUUGAAGAUAGGAAGAUCAUCGAGGUUUUUUGUUUCUCCGAGCUCAUAAAAAAUUGCAUAUGGAGGAUGAGCC